GAUGACCAGAGACUGCUGACAUAGUACAGGAGAUGACCAGAGACUGCUGACACAGUACAGGAGAUGUCCAGAGACUGCAGACACAGUACAUGAGAUGACCAGAGACUGCAGACACAGUACAGGAGAUGACCAGAGACUGCAGACACAGUACAGGAGAUGUCCAGAGACUGCAGACACAGUACAGGAGAUGUCCAGAGACUGCAGACACAGUACAGGAGAUGUCCAGAGACUGCAGACACAGUACAGGAGAUGUCCAGAAAUUGCAGACAUAGUACAGGAGAUGACCAGAGACUGCUGACAGUACAGGAGAUGACCAGAGACUGCGGACA